AUGCAUCGCAGAAAGAGUACCGAGAAGACAAGGAAAGCGACUCCUCCAUCGCCGAGCUACAUGAAUAACGAACAAUUCGCUGCCUACUUGGCAAACCUCAGAUCCAACAGAGUCGCACGCCCCGGCGGAGCAAGACCUCUGCCGCCUUCUUCGUCAAGCAUAAGAUCCAAACGCCCCUCAAUCGAACAUAGCAUUUCCGAGCCCCUUCCUCGAUCCGAAAGUCCUGCACUCUCCACUCCGGGCUCUAUCGAUGUGCCAUCGCAGCCAUAUCCCCCUUCUGUAAACGCCAGCAUAUCGUCUCGUCACUCCAUUCCGAGCACCCAAGGACGGGAGUAUCAAGCUUAUCGCCCCACGUCACCUCUGAAGCCCUCUCAGGUUGUGCCGACUGCCACCUACAUGGAAAGGGGGCAGCGAUGGAUGGAAAAAGAAGAGGCUGUGUCACUUCGACAUGCUAUGGAAGACAUGUCCAUCAAGAACGAUGGAGGACAUGUCGAGGACGAAGCCGCAGAGACGCCAGACGACGAAACCCGCCUUUAUAAUGCUGCACUCGACGAGGCCUCAGAACUGGUCUGGCGGCAUCAGAAUGGAGUUCGCCCCCCUGACAAGGACGCUCCGUACCGGUACAAGCCUCACAUGAGAAAGAAUAGUUAUGCUCAUGCCCGCACCGCCAGCGUGGGCAAACAUGGCGAUGGCCUAGCCAGGGACAAGUCCAGGUCGGUUUCUGGCAGCUCUACCGACAGCGAUGGUCACUCUCGGCGAAGUCGGCCCUCCUUGGCUUUGUCGCGUAAUAGCGUUGAAGGGGAGAGCCAGAGCCCCGAGCGACAGUCGAUGGACUUGACAGCUUCAGGCCCAGCCGGCGCCCGACCCCUUCCAAAAGCCAGGGGCUCGGGUCAGCGUCGCAGCAGCAUGAAGCGGAACAUCAGCGGUGAAGUUCAAAGGCCAUUCUCCGGUGACCAGAUUUGGGAAGAGCCAGAAGCCAAUGUGCGGGAAGACAAGGCCAAGACAAAGUCAGCGUCGACAGCAGACUUACCUUUGGUGGACAAACCAGAGAACCCCCAGAAUCAAGUCCGAUUCGCUACAAACUCACAGUCGGACCGUGUUGGACCCUGGAAACCUAGGUGCAAUGUAGAGAUUCAACGGAACCCACCUUCGCAAUCGCGCAACCCACAGUACACAACCAACACGUCGGCUCCGAAGCCUGUGGUGUCGGACGACCAGGUGCCCAAGAAGAACGGCAUGGAGAUACGCAGUGAAGAUAUCCGAGGGGCCACAAGUAUGAAGCUGAAGGACCGCAGCGCGAAGCUGCCUACGCCCACAGCUGUCAGUGAUCGCCCUGGUCGGCCGAUUGUAAGCUUCGACUCGAAGUGGAAGGCUCCAGAGGAGAGAACUGAUGCUAGGCCAGGAGCCGCGAGCCAAAACAACCAGCCGAUGGAGAUUCCUUGUAUCGUGGUGGCGCCGGAGGAGCCUCCGUCGAACAGAGCACGCAGCAACCCGAUCGUUCCGGUCAUAAAUAUUGACGGAGCGGAUGAGCCAGUUGGUUCUAGUCCCGGCAUACCCUCCAUCGUCACCCCCGACGACGACGAAUCGUCGAAUGCGAAGCCACGGCCCUUGCCGGACCCCAAGACAGCAUCCAGGGGCCACCCUUUCCGACGCCCGCAACGUCACUGGUCGCCAGCUCCUGGGGCAAGCAAUCACUCAACUGCUUUGUGUCACGAAUGCGGAUUCCCCAUUGAAGGUAGAUUCGUCGCUCUGGGCGGCUCUUCGGAGCGCUUCCAUCCUCAAUGCUUUAGCUGCUUUUCUUGCGGUACGGGUCUCGAAGCUCUGGAGAUCAGCCCAGAGCCAGAGGCUCACCGCCAAGAGCGUCUUGACAGAAUUCACCGUCGCGCCCAUGGCGAGGUGUUGGAAGAGACGCCGGGCAAGACCAUGGCCGAAGACGGCGACGAGCGCUUACGUUUCUACUGUCACCUUGACUGGCACGAACUGUACGCACCGAGGUGCAAACACUGCAAGACGCCCAUUCUCGGGGAGCAUGUUGUCGCCCUGGGAGAACAUUGGCACUACGGGCACUUCUUUUGCGCAGAAUGCGGCGAUCCAUUCGAGAAGGGCAUGACUCACAUUGAAAAGGACGGGUAUGCGUGGUGUGUCAAUUGCCAGACAAAGCGGACAGAGAGGCGGGCGCCCAAGUGCAAGAAGUGCAAGACUGCUGUCAUCGGACAGUACAUUCGAGCGCUGGGGGGUGAGUGGCAUGAUGAGUGUUUCCGCUGCGCUUCUUGCCAGGGCGGUUUCGACGACGGCCAGAUCUUUCCCAAAGAGGUCGGUGACAGGGUGAUGGUGCUAUGCACAGGCUGCCGCAUGAUAGAACUCAAGGCAUAA